CUUCGCCCUCUCUCCAUAACCAGACUCCCCAGUCCAGCCUUGUUGCUCAAGUCAGCUGGCGCUUGCAUCCUCCUUGCCGCCGGACUCGAGGCUCGACGAGGCAUCAGCAUGGCGUGGCGCUGCUCGGGAAGCUCCAACGCAGGGCUCGUGGCCAACCUGUGGACUCACGGCCUCAUCACCGAGCCUCUGGUCAAGGAGGCCUUUCUCAAGGUCGACCGAAGGCAUUACGCCCCGGCCAUGCCCUACCAAGACUCCCCCCAAUCCAUCGGCUACGACGCCACCAUCUCCGCCCCCCACAUGCACGCCUCGGCCAUUGAAAACGUCCUGUCCCGGCUGCUGCCCUCGGACGCCUCCCCGGCGCCGCGCGUCCUCGACGUCGGCUCCGGCUCGGGCUACCUCACGCACAUCUUUGCCGAGCUGGUCGGCGACCGGGGCCUCGUCGUCGGGCUGGAGCACAUCAGGGAGCUGCGCGCCCUCGGCGAGGCCAACAUGCGCAAGAGCCCCGACGGCAGCCGGCUGCUCGACGAGGGCAGGGCAAAGUUCGUCGUCGGCGACGGGAGGCUCGGCUGGAAGGAGCCGGCGCGGCCGGGCGAGGAGCAGUUUGGCCAGCAGUGGGAUGUGAUUCAUGUUGGGGCCGCGGCCAAGGAGGUGCAUGCUCCGCUGCUGGAGCAGCUCAAGGCGCCGGGAUGCAUGUUUAUUCCGGUGGACGAUGAUGCCACCGGAUGGGAUCAGAGCGUGUGGCGCAUCGAAAAGGACGAGGAGGGCAACGUGACGAGGAAGAAGCUCUUUGGGGUGCGGUACGUGCCCUUGACGGACCCUCCCAAGAGGUGAAGUCUGUGGCCUUGUUUUUGCGUUUGACUCGCCUUGAUUGGAUUCUCUUUGUAAGUUGGUAUGAAUAUCCCCUGAGCUAUUGUCACUUGGAUUUCUUAUUUGACGAGACUGGAACCGAACGAUCAAAGGGAUUUGCC